AUGACAGUUGAAGAGGUAGGAGAUGAUUAUACAAAAGAUGGAACCGUUGAUCUUAAAGGCAAUCCGGUUCGAAGAUCCAUUAGAGGUCGUUGGAAAGCUUGUUCCUUCGUAGUUGUGUACGAGGUGUUUGAACGGAUGGCUUAUUAUGGAAUAUCGAGCAAUCUAGUCAUUUACAUGACUACUAAAUUGCACCAAGGCACGGUCAAGUCGUCUAACAAUGUGACCAAUUGGGUUGGGACUAGUUGGCUCACUCCAAUCUUGGGUGCUUAUGUUGCCGAUGCUCAUCUUGGUCGCUAUAUUACUUUCGUCAUCUCUUGCGCUAUUUAUUUUUCGGGUAUGGGACUGUUGACAUUAUCAGUAUCCCUACCGGCACUUAGACCACCUAAAUGUACGAUGGCUAAUGUUGAAGACUGCAAAAAGGCUUCGGUUUUACAAUUAGCGGUUUUCUUUGGAGCUUUAUACACAUUAGCGAUUGGAACAGGCGGUACAAAACCGAACAUUUCUACAAUUGGAGCCGAUCAGUUCGAUGAAUUCGACCCAAAGGAGAAGUAUCAUAAACAUUCAUUCUUCAAUUGGUGGAUGUUUAGUAUCUUCUUUGGUGCUCUCUUUGCCUCAACUGUUCUGGUCUAUGUUCAAGAUAAUGUAGGAUGGACCUUAGGCUAUGGGCUUCCAACAAUAGGCCUUGCUAUUUCCAUUGUCAUAUUCUUGGUAGGCACUCCGUUUUAUCGACAUAAACUCCCAACGGGAAGCCCAUUUACCAAAAUGACUCGAGUCAUUGUGGCUUCAUUUCGCAAAGCUCAUGCAGAUAUGUCGCGUGAUCCCACCCGUUUCCAUGAGCUCUCUUCAUUGGAAUAUGAGAGCAAAUGUGCAUUCCCAAUCCGUCCUACUCAAAGUCUAAGAUUCUUAGACAGAGCUUCACUCAAAACUGGACCAACCAAUAAAUGGAGUCUCUGCACUAUCACAGAAGUCGAAGAAACAAAACAGAUGCUAAGAAUGUUACCUGUCCUCUUCGUAACAUUCGUCCCUGCCAUUAUGUUUGCUCAAGUCAACACUCUAUUCAUCAAACAAGGAACCACUCUCAACCGUCAUCUCACCUACAAUUUCAGCAUCCCGCCCGCAAGUCUCACAGGCUUCACAACCUUCUCAAUGAUCGUAUCAAUAGUGAUAUAUGAUCGUAUCUUCGUUAACCUCUCAAGAAAACUAACCAGAAAUCCAAGAGGCAUCACAAUGCUUCAAAGAAUGGGAAUCGGUUUGAUCCUUCACAUCCUAGUCAUGAUCAGUGCAUCAAUAACCGAACGGUUUAGGCUUAAUUUGGCUACUAAACACGGGCUAAUCCACCAGACCGAUGUACCGCUUCCCUUGACUAUUUUCGUGUUGCUUCCGCAGUUUGUGCUAAUGGGUUUGGCUGAUACGUUUUUAGAAGUAGGAAAGCUUGAGUUUUUCUACGAUCAAGCACCCGAGAGUAUGAAAAGCCUCGGAACAUCGUAUUUUAGCACGAGUUUAGCGGUCGGGAAUUUCAUGAGCAGUUUCUUGCUUUCGACAGUGUCUGGAAUAACGAAGAAACGAGGAAGAGGAUGGAUUUUAAACAACUUGAAUGAGUCGCGGUUGGAUUACUAUUACAUGUUCUUCGCGGGUCUUAAUUUGAUCAACUUCGUCUUUUUCUUGGUCGUGGUUAAGUUUUAUGUGUACAGAGCCGUGGUUACUGAUUCAACAAAUGAUGUAAAACAGGAAGAACCAAAGGUGAUAGAUAACAACAAUGAGUAA